GGUCUGUAUUGUCAAGACCAACGUUUUUUUGUCCUGAGCAACCAACGACAUUGGUGUGACCUAUGUAACCGUGCGGGGCAGAGAGGAGAAUACCGGCAAACAGUUAAUCAGCAGGCGACUGGAACUUCACAAAUAUAAAACCUAUAGUACUGUACCCGAUACUAAACUACGCUUUGUUAGCGGGCAGUACAUGAUUCCAUACCGGCUGCUAAUCACACUCUUCUUAUCGUCCUGCGUUUUACUUCUAAAGGUCCACAGACACACAGAUUCGCCCAGACUACAAUCAAGUGUCAUAGGUAAUACGUUGAUUCUUCGUAAUUCGUGUUGUAGAGGUAUCAAAGUUCGUUUCCGUCCGAAGUGAAGAUGUCACUGCACUGUUCAUGGCUUUUGAGACAGAGCUGUUGGAAGCCUUAUUUGUCGGCAGUAACUUUCAACAGUGUGAGACAUUUUGUAGCCAGAUCUCAAAGGGAAUUUUCUUCAAAUGGGAAAUUGGUUGAUGUGGCAGUGAAUGAAAAUACAGGUAUAUCAACAGUCACAAUGCAACGAUUACCAGUGAAUAGCCUUAACUUGGAGUUGCUGCAGGAACUCUAUUCGGUGCUUGAUACCUUGGAGAAGGACAGGAGUCGGGGAAUGAUUCUUACAUCCGCUUCUCCUACGGUAUUCAGUGCAGGUUUGGAUAUUUUGGAAAUGUACAAACCAAAACAAGACCGUGCAGUCGCCUUCUGGACAACCCUGCAAGAUGUUUGGCUUAAGUUAUUUGGAUCUUCAUAUCCGACUGUGGCUGCCAUCAAUGGCCAUAGUCCUGCAGGCGGCUGCUUGGUGGCACUCAGCUGUGAAUACCGAGUAAUGGUAGGACCGAAGUAUACAAUUGGUCUCAAUGAAACCCAAUUAGGAAUUGUAGCACCUAAAUGGUUUCAGUUCUCUAUGAAAAAUGUGAUCUCCAGUCGGCAAGCUGAACUAGCACUUACAACAGGCCGCCUGUUUACUACUGAUGAAGCCUUAAAAAUUGGCUUAAUAGAUGAAGUGGCAACAGAUAAAGCUGAUGCCAUAGCAAAAGCUGAGAAGUUUUUGGUUGGCAUGUCAAAAAUAUCAGCAACAGCGCGCAAGUUGGCAAAAUUGAGCUGUAGACAGGAGCCUCUGGAAUGGCUUGUUGCCAACAAAAAGAAAGACUUGCAAGAAUUCAUAGGAUUUAUUAACCAGCCUGCAGUGCAGAUGGGACUUGAUCAUUAUCUUGAAUCACUCAAGAAGAAAUAACAUCCAUCAAACCGGCAUCCAUGAAAAAUGCAUGGCUCAUAUGAUUGUAUACUGCCUUACAAUGACAUUUUUAUGAAUAUAAUUCAAAAAGACGUGGCUGUGAGGAGAACUCAAGGUUAUAUGCAGUACUGGACCCCCUAUCCAGAAAGCAUGGGAACUAAGGCUUUUCAUAUUUUAUAAGUUUUGGGAUUUGGGAUAUUUUUGUAGACAAAUUUUAAUACAAAGUAAAUAAUAAAAAUGGUGAUGAGGAAUGCUGUAUCCAUGAAAUAUACAAAAUAAAUUUCUGGUUUCCAGAUUCUUACCAUU